AUGUUUUCUUGUUUCUGUUUCAGCAUUCAGGAUAAUUCCUUCAACACCACAGCUUUAGCAGAGUGUGACAGGAAUUCAGACUCUGUACAUGAAAAUCAAGUGGCCAGUUGCAGCACCAGAGAUGAUGAUAACAAAGAAAAUUAUCUGGACAACGCUGCUGUCUUAGGAGAAAGGCAGCUGCCUUUGCAAGACAACCAGCAGCAUAAGGAGCAGGCAGUAACUGACUAUGCUCUAAAGCCUGACAUGGGCAACUUAAAGCUAAGAAAGCCUAAGCCCUUGGCAAGGCUAGAAAAUGGAAAAAGCCAUGAGGAAAGUCAGGAGCUGGAGAGUUCAUUGCCAGGCCUCUCAGACUGGCAGGAGAAGGAAGGAUCCUCAGCUAAUGACUAUGCACAGAACGUGUCUUUCAGAUGCCAGGAAGAAGUCGUGAGGUUUCAACCAAGUCUAGAUCAGAAAGCAUAUAUUUCACGAAAGGAAGCAACUGAGCAACUGCACAGCUUAAGUGAGAAUUCUUUGUUGAAGCUACAAGCCCUCGAAACCGAUCUGUGCUCUGCAUUUCUGCCAACCCAGGAGGAAACUCCUCAGCUGCCGGCACCCAAGGAUCCAACCCCUUCAUCAGUCCAAACCAGUGUGCAUCUUGAUGGGGCCAGUUGUGGAGACCAAUAUCACUUCAUUUCUGCUAUUAUUGAUUUUAGCUUAAUGCAUCAGCAGAGAGAUAGUGAAGAGCCUUUACCAGCCCAGAGAGACUGGCAGAAUGACAUGGACAGCAGCCCACAAGAACAUCACUCCCUAGGGACCAGUCGACUGCUGUAUCACAUUACUGAUGGAGACAAUCCUCUUUUGUCACCACGCUGCUCUAUCUUUAGCCAAAGCCAGAGAUUUAAUCUAGACACAGAGUCUGCCCCUUCUCCACCAAGUGCUCAACCUUUCAUGACACCAAGAAGUUCUUCUAGAUGUAACUGUGAAGAGUGCAAAGAACCACAAACAAUAGCACAACUUACCAAGCAUCUUCAGAGUCUCAAGAGAAAAAUCAGAAAGUAUGAAGAAAAGUUUGAGCAAGAGAAAAAAUACCUGCCUUCACAUGGUGACAAAACUUCAAAUCCUGAAGUUCUAAAAUGGAUGAAUGAUUUGGCCAAAGGUCGCAAGCAGCUCAAAGAGUUGAAACUCCGAAUGUCAGAAGAACAAAACCGUACCUCCAGAGCACCCCAAAGAAAUGAUCAUUGUGAAAGUACUGGGACCUCUAAGGAGACUGGGAUGCGGGAGGCUACAAGCAUGGAACCAGCUCCAUCAGUAGAAGAAACCAUGGACGGUGUACUGAGACGACUAAAGGAGAAAAGACAACACUUCAACAUUCCAGAGACUAUUAAGGAUAUGACAAAAAAGCAAAUGGCUUUGGAAAAAAUCAAUCUUCAGAAAUGCCUACUAUAUUUUGAGAGUAUUCAUGGACGGCCUGUAACUAAACAAGAAAAGAGUCUUAUGAAGCCUCUUUACGACAGAUAUAGAAUUAUCAAGAAGCUUCUUGCAACUCCAUCUUUGAUCACAACAAUUGAAGAAGAAGACUCCGAUGAAGACCGUUCUCAAAGCAGCCAUGAGCUAUCAUCUGGUCCAAUAUCUUGCCUCCCUGUUGAUGAGCAUCUGUGUUACUCUCAGGAGGAGAGCGAGCCUGCAUAUGUUUCACCUCUGGAUGAAAAGAAAGUUUUCAGACAAACAGCCCUGUCUAUGUCCAACUUACAUGAGGCAACAAUGCCUGUUCUACUUGAACAUCUCCGAGAAACAAGAGCAGAUAAAAAAAGGCUUCGCAAGGCUCUGAGAGAGUUUGAAGAACAAUUCUACAAGCAGACAGGAAGGAGUCCUCUAAAAGAAGAUCGUGUACCAAUGGCAGAGGAAUACUCUGAAUACAAGCACACAAAAGCCAAAAUCAGGCUCUUAGAGGUUCUCAUCAGUAAGCAUGAUGUUUCCAAAACAAUUUGAAAUUAAUGCAAUGAAGUGGUGGUAGUCUCUAGCAAAACAAACAAGAACAAUAACAAAAAAAAAAUGAGGCAGUUGUCUUACAGGUCUUGGUCUGCUGCACAAUUAUUUGACACACUGAGAUUUUUUGAUGCACUUUACCAAUUAUACAAGCUGGGAUGAGCGAGGACUGCAAUAUACGAGAAAAUUAUUAAGUGCGGGUGAGUGAACUAUAGUAUAUAUAUAUUUUUUCCUUUUGAAAAAGCCUUGAAGUGCACUGUGAAAAUGUUAGAAAUUAAAAGGCCAUUGAAGUAUUGUUCAGACUCAGUUUGACCUGUUCUUAGGUUUAAAAAGUGUGAGGAAAUGUUCGCCAGGUUUCUAGUAUAUCUUAGUAUUUGGUAACGUACCACACAUUUCUUAGCAGGAUUUAAACGCACUGUAAUUAACUAUUGCUGUUGGUUCUCAAUGUGCUGAUUCGCUAGAUUAAAGGAACCAUGAGCUUAAACCAAACAAACUCACUCAUGAACAUACACUGGCUUUCAAGACAGAGUUGCCAUUCAAUUCCAGUAGCUUCAAAGAAAGGUGCGUACACAAAACCAGUGACAGGAUUUGGUCUAUAAUUCUGGGAGUAGAGCAAAG